CAAGACAUGGCCCUUCCUGGAGCUUGGCCCUCCAGUUGCGGGCUGGGUGGUGGUCAGCUGAGAGAGCCAUCACCGCAAAGCUGACUCAAGAAGCUCCUCUCAGCCCCUGGAGCUAGCAGCGGGCGACAAUGGAGGAGACAAGCCCGAGGAGACGGAGAGAGGAUGAGAAGUCCACCCACAGUACUGAACCCAAGACCACAAGUCUCCAGAAAGAGGUGGGUCUUCUCAGUGGCAUCUGUAUCAUUGUGGGCACCAUCAUCGGCUCCGGGAUCUUCAUCUCCCCCAAGUCUGUGCUGGCCAACACAGUAUCCGUGGGGCCCUGUCUCAUCAUAUGGGCAGCCUGUGGAAUCCUGGCUACACUGGGCGCCCUGUGCUAUGCAGAGCUUGGCACAAUGAUCACUAAGUCAGGGGGUGAGUACCCCUAUCUGAUGGAGGCCUUUGGCCCCAUCCCUGCCUACCUCUUCUCCUGGACCAGCCUGAUCGUCAUGAAGCCCUCAUCCUUCGCCAUCAUCUGCCUCAGCUUUUCCGAGUAUGUGUGUGCAGCCUUUUACUCAGGCUGCAAGCCUCCUGCUGUGGUAGUGAAACUCCUGGCUGCUGCUGCCAUCUUGCUUAUCACGACAGUGAAUGCGCUGAGUGUGCGGCUUGGCAGCUAUGUCCAGAAUGUCUUCACGGGAGCCAAGAUGGUGAUCGUGGCCAUCAUCAUCAUCAGCGGACUGGUCUUCCUGGCUCAAGGAAACGUAAAGAACUUUCAGAAUUCUUUUGAGGGUACACAGACCUCUGUGGGUGCCAUCAGCCUGGCGUUUUACAAUGGACUCUGGGCCUACGAUGGGUGGAACCAACUCAACUAUAUCACUGAAGAGCUUAGAGACCCUUACAGAAACCUGCCCAUGGCCAUUGUCAUUGGGAUUCCUCUGGUGACCAUAUGCUACAUCCUCAUGAAUAUUGCCUACUUCACAGUGAUGACCCCAACGGAGCUCUUGCAGUCCCAGGCUGUGGCUGUGACCUUUGGAGACCGCGUUCUCUAUCCAGCAUCUUGGGUAGUCCCACUUUUUGUGGCAUUUUCAACCAUCGGUGCUGCUAACGGUACCUGCUUUACAGCCGGCAGGCUCAUCUACGUGGCGGGCCGGGAAGGCCACAUGCUUAAAGUGCUCUCCUUCAUCAGUGUCAAGCGCCUCACGCCAGCCCCUGCCCUCAUAUUUUAUGGUACAAUAGCCAUCAUUUACAUCAUCCCUGGGGACAUCAACUCCUUAGUCAAUUAUUUCAGUUUUGCUGCAUGGCUGUUUUAUGGUAUGACAAUCCUAGGACUUGUUGUGAUGAGAUUCACAAGGAAAGACCUAGAGAGGCCCAUCAAGGUGCCCAUCUUCAUCCCUAUCAUUGUGAUUCUCGUAUCUGUUUUCUUGAUCCUGGCUCCAAUCAUCAGUUCACCGGCCUGGGAGUAUCUCUACUGUGUGUUGUUCAUACUGAGUGGACUUAUAUUUUACUUCCUUUUUGUCUACUACAAGUUCGGAUGGGCCCAGAGACUCUCCAGGCCGGUCACAAAGCACCUGCAGAUGCUGAUGGAAGUCGUCCCACCAGAAAAGGACCCAGAGUAAACGGUCCAUCACUUGUAGCCCAAAGCUGUGAUCAAUUUAUUUUUGUAAGCAAUUAUUUGUGGUUAUUUC